GAUUGGGUCGGUUGUUGUUUGUUUAAAGCAUGUUUGGGAAACGAAGAGAAUGACGAUGAAGUUAAUGGGACCUGCUCCUUACAGUUGAAAUGGGUGUAGCAAUCACCAACCAUUCCCAUUUGUCUAUUUCUUCCUUUCACUUGGGAUCAAAGUCUCUGUCACCAUCAUAUUUACCUGUACUUCCACCUUCUUCUUCUUCUUUAUCUUCUCCUUUUCCCUCUUCCUUAUUGCGCUCUUCACGACCAUGAUCCUCUCGCAGGUCCCCUUUCAACGCUCACCAUCACCACCACUCUUUCUCUCUUUCUCAUGGAUCCCUCUCCUCGCCCGGCUGUAGUCAUCGAUAAUGGCUCCGGGUAUACUAAGAUGGGGUUUGCUGGUAAUGUCGAGCCAUGUUUUAUUAUUCCGACAGUGGUUGCAGUUAAUGAGUCUUUUCUGAAUCAAUCGAAGAACCUCUCUAAAGCCAAUUGGUUGGCCCAGCACAACGCUGGAGUGAUGGCGGAUCUUGAUUUCUUCAUCGGGGAUGAGGCACUUACCAAGUCUCGAUGUAGUAGCACUUACAAUCUCAGCUACCCAGUUCAGCAUGGCCAGGUUGAGAAUUGGGAUGCCAUGGAGCGCUACUGGCAGCAGUGCAUAUUCAACUAUUUGAGGUGUGAUCCGGAGGAUCACUAUUUUCUCUUGACUGAGAGUCCAUUGACUUCGCCUGAGAGUCGCGAGUAUACUGGGGAAAUCAUGUUUGAGACUUUUAACGUACCUGGGCUUUACAUUGCUGUGAAUUCUGUGCUUGCCCUUGCAGCUGGUUACACCACAUCUAAGUGUGAGAUGACAGGAGUUGUAGUGGAUGUUGGAGAAGGGGCGGCUCAUGUUGUACCUGUCGCAGAUGGCUAUGUUAUUGGUGGCAGCAUCAAAUCAAUUCCUAUUGCUGGAAAGGAUGUUACUCUUUUUGUGCAGAAGCUCAUGCGGGAAAGAGGAGAGAAUGUUCCACCCGAUGACUCUUUUGAAGUGGCACGAAAAGUGAAGGAAAUGUAUUGCUACACUUGCUCUGACAUAGUGAAGGAAUUUAAUAAGCAUGACAAAGAACCAACCAAGUAUAUGAGGCAUUGGAGAGGCAUUAAACCAAAGUCAGGGGCACCAUAUUCUUGUGAUAUUGGCUACGAACGAUUUCUUGGCCCUGAGAUUUUCUUUAAUCCUGAGAUAUAUGGUAGUGACUUUACUACCCCUUUGCCAGUUGUAAUAGACAAGUGCAUUCAGUCUGCACCGAUUGACACGAGGAGAUCACUAUACAAGAAUAUAGUGUUGUCUGGCGGUUCAACCAUGUUCAAGGAUUUUCACAAGAGAUUGCAGCGUGAUCUAAAAAAAAUUGUGGAUACUCGUGUCCUUUUAUCUGAAGCACGCUUAAAUGGGGAGAUAAAACCUACAGUCGCAGCCAGUGGAGAUAAAUGUGGUGAGCCACCCAAUUCAGAGAUUUGCAGUUUGGUUUGGAGGAUCCGUACUUGCAUCAACUCCUGAAUUUUUUACGGCUUGUCAUACAAAGGCAGAAUAUGAAGAGCAUGGAGCAAGCAUUUGCCGUACAAAUCCUGUUUUCAAGGGAAUGUAUUAAAGCAGCGACAGUUGAAUGAAUGGGUGGCGGAAGUGAUUGUAAAAUAUGUAUAUGAAGCGAACACAUGCAUUUGUUUUUAUUCCAGCAGUCUCCCUAAGCAGCAGCUCCAGACAUUGAAACUGAUCUUUCACUAAGCUGGCUGAGUCUGAUGAAGUUCUGCAUUUUUGUGUCAUUCAUUGUUGGGACUCAUAAUUCCAUCAAGUCAUUUUUUAGCUGACAAGUCAAAUUCGUUUUUGUUGAAUUGUAAUAAGCACCAGUGCAGGUUAGAUUUGUGUUUACAGUAAUCAUAUAAUUUUGCAAUCUUUUUUGGUACAUAUUGUAUAAUUUGUAUUUCUUUAUUUUACUGAUUAUCAAAACUAGAAAUAAUUUUGUCACAUUAA